GGUUUUCAGAUUUAUGCUAUACAGUGACAGGAGGAAGCAAGAACCUUGGGCAAAGUAAAUACUGCUGGGAAAUGUGGACCCCAGGCCUCAGAAGCAGAGUGGGACUUGUGUGACCUGCAUUCCUCCUGGGCAACGAAAGCAUGAAAAACACCCACCCCCCAGUUUCUGCGCUGGCCCUUACAGGAAGAAUCGCUGAAUGGCUGACGUUUGACAACAUGCACCACCAGUGGCUGCUGUUGGCUGCAUGCUUUUGGGUGAUUUUCAUGUUCAUGGUGGCCAGUAAAUUCAUCACCUUGACCUUUAAAGACCCGGAUGCCUACAGCGCCAAACAGGAGUUCCUGUUCCUGACAGCCUUGCCGGAUUCCAGGAAGUUACAGGGAGAGCAGCAGUUUCCUGAGGAACUGAAGCCAACAGGGAAGAUGGUCGCAGACGGCCAGCCGGCUCAGCCCUCGGUCUAUAUGGAGCGCCUGGAGCUCAUCCGGAACGUCUGCAGGGACGCGGCCCUGAAGAACCUCUCACACACGGCCGUGUCCAAGUUUGUCCUGGACCGAAUAUUCGUCUGUGACAAGCACAAGAUCCUCUUCUGCCAGACCCCCAAAGUGGGCAACACGCAGUGGAAGAAAGUGCUGAUCGUGUUAAACGGUGCCUUUCCUUCCAUCGAAGACAUCCCCGAGAACGUGGUUCAUGACCAUGAAAAGAACGGCCUCCCUCGUCUCUCUGCCUUCAGCGAUGCAGAAAUUCAGAAGCGCUUGAAAACCUACUUCAAGUUUUUUAUUGUAAGAGAUCCCUUUGAAAGACUGAUAUCUGCUUUUAAGGACAAGUUCGUCCACAAUCCCCGCUUUGAACCCUGGUACAGGCACGAGAUUGCCCCCGGCAUCAUCAGGAAGUACAGGCGGAACCGGACAGAGACCCGGGGCAUCCAGUUUGAAGAUUUUGUGCGCUACCUGGGCGAUCCAAACCACAGAUGGCUGGACCUCCAGUUUGGGGACCACAUCAUUCACUGGGUGACGUACGUCGAGCUGUGCGCGCCCUGCGAGAUAUCAUACAGUGUGAUUGGUCAUCACGAGACCCUGGAGGAUGACGCCCCAUACAUCUUAAAAGAGGCGGGCAUAGACCACCUGGUGUCAUACCCCACCAUCCCUCCGGGCAUCACCGUGUACAACAAAACCAAGAUGGAGCACUACUUCCUGGGCAUCAGCAAGCGGGACAUCCGGCGCCUGUAUGCCCGUUUUGAAGGGGACUUCAAGCUCUUUGGGUAUCAGAAGCCAGAUUUUUUGCUAAACUAAUGUGUAGAUCUGUGAACUCAGAUACCUCUGUUAGACCAGAGGCUAAGCAAGUGGAGAUCUGAGCACAGAACUGACACUUCUUCAAUCUCACCCCUCAAGACUCCUGCGGGCACCCACAGGCCAUGUGCACCUCGGCCGGUGAAGCUGCACCCGACGGUUCUGGCUUAGUGUGAACAUCAGGUGCAUUGAGGGCCUCGCCCCCACGCCCACCAAUGCCAUGAGGCCUUUGGUCCCAGAAGGGUAAAAGGACUAAACAUCUGCAGUCUGACAGACCAGGAGGAGCAGUUACAUGGCACAGGCGUCACUUCCCUCGGCUGUCAAGGAGGGGAAGGGCCUGCCUGUCACCGGGGGACGGCAGGAAGCGCACCUCGCGCUUUCAGGAGACCUGAGGAGCUGAUGGUGAGCAGAACUGGCAGGAGCUAAUGCAAGACCAAGUCUGUGAAAUAAAAUGACAGCGCUGGCUCUCAUCUUGGCGCUGCUGUAAUCACGGAGGCAAACCAUUCUUUCCACGACUGUCUCCUUCCUGUGGGAUUCGGGGUGACCCUAGGACACUUUUUGGCAGUCUGUCCUUUCAGAAUACACGCCUGAGCACCCCUGGUCCAUAUUUCCGAUCCUCUGUCUGCCAGGUGGUUUUCUCAUUGAGCCCGAGAGCUACAUAUUCAGAAAAAGGGGAGUGGAGUGUUCUUCCCACCUGAGAAGCGAACGUCUUUGGGAAAAGGAAGAGCUGGUGGGUUCUGGAGCUCAGGCUGCUGUGGAUGUGGGCGUGCCCGUCCUGAUGGCUGUCCCUCUCUUAUCUUUGUUCCACCUGGAUGGGCAGCAUCCCCCCAGACCCCCCGCCCUGGGGCUGAAGGCCAGCAGGGCAGCGUGGCAGUCCGUGCAGUUUACAUGGUCCAGUUUCAUCUCAGCCAGUUGCUCCCUGGACCUGUUUUGUUAGUGCCGUCAUCCCGGGCUGUAAGUUGGACGAUGAGGUUCACCAGCAAUAAAAUCCUGGGCCGAGACAGCCUCCAGAAAUGCAUCUCCCAGGCACCGAGGAGCGAGCUGAGGCCACCAUGUCAGGUGCCUGCUGACACCGACUGUUUCCCUGUGAGAAGUCCCACGCGCCAUGAGCCCAGCUUUUCUUCCAGGCAGCUUCCCCCUUCCCUUUCUUAAAGGGGCCGCCUGAGUCUGUGAAUGUGAAAGUAAUAAAUAAAAACUGUCCAAACCCGACACGUGCUGCGCUUUGUGGGGGCUCUCUGUGGCCCCACACGGUCCCCGCGACCUGGCCCCAGCGACCUGGCCCCAGCGAGGGGCCUGCAAGACUGCUCUAGCGGCUGCUGGUGGCAGCACCACAGAAGGAGAGGCCCAAGUGUGACAGGCCCUAGCGCUGACCAAGGGGCGUCAGUGUGGUAGCCUGUCAUCAGCUGACAGGCAGGGGAUGUCACAUGAGCUUUUUCUGUAAAGUCUUGUGAAAAUCAUUUCACACCUGAUCAGCCAAUUGAUUACCUCUUUCCUAUUUGCAGUGUAACACUGUGAAUAAUACAUUUGAGUCUAAGGCCUUAAAGUUACAACUAAUUUUUAAAAAACACCUAUCUUCUCAGAAAUAAAGGUUAGAAAGCUGUGUC